GGCAGUGAGUGAAUGCGCCGUUUUCUUUCAGCAAGGACACCUUUCAACAAGGACACAGUACCUUGCGGCCUGCUAGAGAAUCAUCGCUGCAAACGGCAUGAUGCCUUUACGUUUCUGUGCGAAUGGGGGAAGGUGGCAGAGCAUCUGGCAGUGUAUACUUUUGCUAGCUGGAAUCAUCACACAGGGACAGGGAGCUAACAUUCUGUCAGUGAUGACAGUUCCAAGCAAGAGUCACAUGGUCUUUCUAUCACCAUUGCUCCAUGAACUAGCUCAAAGAGGGCAUAAUUUGACUGUGAUUAGUCCAUUUCCACAGUCUCCACCUGUGAAGAAUAUAAGAGAUAUUAAAUUAAACUACAGAAUGGAUAGCUUUCAUAAAGAGAGAAACAUGUCACUUUUUGAACUAGGUGAAGUAAACCCACUUACUUUAGUUUUCCACAGUAGCAUACUUGGAAUUGAAAUGUGUAAGGCUGCUAUCAGUACACCAGAAGUACAAGAACUAAUAACAUCUAGUGACCAGAAGUUUGAUCUCCUUAUAGCUGGCGUUUACACUGACUGUUUUCUUGGACUGGCACAUAAGCAUAAUGCCAGUAUUAUAUAUCAAAUUCCAAAUACUCUCACGUUUAUAUUGGGUGAUCCAGUUGGCAACCCUGGUGCAUAUUCUUACAUUCCUGACGUAAUGCUUAAUAUUCCUGUGAAUAUGAAUUUUUUACAACGGAUGUUAAAUAGUGUGUGUGGACUCCUUGUUGAAUUAGUGUGGUUCUUCAGUUAUAUUCCACGCCAACAAGAAAUAAUGAUGACGUAUUCUAGAAAUAUUGACAGUUUUCCAUCUAUUGAUAAGUUGUGGAAAAGCACUUCACUGUUUCUCAUCAACAACCAUGAAAGCAUAGGCCUUCCCAGGCCUCUAACACCAAAUACAAUUCAGAUUGGAGGAAUGCAUAUUAAACCUUCAAAAGAUCUUCCAAAGGAACUUAAAACAGUUAUGGAUAAUUCAGAAGAAGGAGUUAUAUUCUUCAGUUUCGGAUCAAAUGUUCAACCUUCUGAAAUGCCAAAUGACAAAUUCAAUGUUUUUAUGAAAGUUUUCUCAAAACUGAAGCAAACAGUAUUAUGGAAAUGGGAUCAAGAUGAUAUGAUUGGGAAGCCAAGUAAUGUACAUCUUGGGAAAUGGUUUCCCCAAAAUGAUAUUUUGGGACAUAAAAAAGUUGUGUUGUUUAUAUCACACGGUGGUUUACAUAGCCUUCAAGAAGCUGUCUACCAUGGAGUUCCAGUUUUAGGAAUACCAAUAUUUGGAGAUCAAAAUGUAAAUUUAAUUCGAGCUGAGGCUAAAGGAUAUGCAGUUAAAUUACUGUUCCACAACAUUACAGAAGAGUCAUUACUAUGGGCAAUCAGUGAAGUCUUAACACAACAAAAGUACCGCCAGCGGGCAGCGGAACUGUCGCUGUUGUUCCGCGACCAGCCACAGCCGCCACUGGAGCGCGCUGUCUACUGGACGGAGUACGUGCUGAGGCACGGUGGCGCACCGCACAUGCGCAGCGCGGCGCUGGACCUCAGCUGGUGGCAGCUGCUGCUGCUCGACGUCGCGGCCUUCGUCGCCGUCUGCGCACUGGCGCCAGUCUUCCUCUGCCUCUUUGUGGUCCGCAGGUGUCGCCGCGGGCGCUCCACACGUGCAGUGUGCGCUGAGUCGAAGAAAAACCAGUGAUGACGCCAGCUCUUCGAGGCCCAAGAUACCUUCUUGAGUUCAGUGGGGUCGAUCACUCGCACGCCACAUAAUCUGACUUCUCCCCACUGCAGUUAUGUCAAUACAAUCAAAACAAAUUCUCUGUUAUGGUAUAUUCCUAAUUUUUACUUAUGAACCGUCUGACAGCAACUGAAUAAAACACAAUUUUAGUGCCAUACGCGUUUCGCCUUUAUGUUCUGCAAGGCAUCAUCAGUGGCCUGGGAUAUGUACAUAUGUUAGCUAUUUAAUUUACAUUUUCGUCACUGUGCCUAUAGGUUAUAAACAGUUCUGGUGGUUGGUAUUUCCUAUUAAGUAGUAAUGAGUUGAACUGUACUUACAGGUUGCGUGGACAAUUUCUUACAUAUUACGCUCCUGUUGCAUUUUUGGUGUUGUUCUUCUUCUUAUGAAUGCCAAUUUGCGUUUUUUUCCCACGUUCCACAGGACUCUGAACUGGACGCUUGCUUCAAUGCAAUGUUUUGGUUUCUGUUGCCGACUAUCAAAUGUUUUUGCCAAAGAUCGAAUGUAAAAAAAUACACCAUAACACACCCACACACACACAGCACAAAAAAAUUAUAUCACACCAAAACACACACACACACACAUACACACACACAGAAACGCACACACAAAUGAAUACACGAACAGAUCACAGAUACUUCAAUAAUUGCGCUCGAAAGUUUGGCAAUAACAUUCGAUCUUUGGCAAAAACAUUUGACAGUCGGCAACAGAAACCAAAACAUUGCAUUGAAACAAGCGUCCAGUU